CUCCCCUAGUCUCACCUCACUACUUUUCUUUCCCAGUUUUUCCUCCUGUUCUUUUCAAGACCAGUAGUAAUUUCACCUGAGAGAGACCAUGGAGGAGCUCCAAAGGCAACCAGGCACCUUGAUCGAAGACAAGCCAAGGAAGGUAAGGUUUAAGCUGGCCUCAUCGUACAGUGGUCGGGUCUUGAAGCAUGUGUAUGAAGAUGGACAGGAACUGGACAGUCCAGAGGAGCAGUACCCUCACAGCUUCAUCCACACCAAGAUGGAGAUGGGACAGUUAUGUGACUUAGAAGAUAUGCAGGACCAGAGUUUGUACCCUCAGACAGGCCUGAUUGCCCAGAGGAUAAAUGUCUAUCGAGGAGUGACAGGAUGCAAUUCUCUGGCCUGUGGAGACAUCCCAGGAGGGGAUAAUAAAGCACCAGUAUUAGAUUUUGGAAAGAUUAUCAUUUACACCAGCAACCUGAAGAUUAUUCGAGCUUCUCACAGACGGGGAGAAUCUGGAAAGAGUCCUCAUCGCAGCCGGGACAGAAAAGAAAGUUCACCAAAACGGGAUUCCCGGAGCAAAGGGAGACAUAAAACAACAUGUUCCCAGCCAGAUGAACCCGCCACAAUGACGGAACAAAAGCCAGAUGCAAGCUCCUGUGAACAGUGUGGAGGUUCGGGUUGUGCGCCGUGCUCACUUUGUCAUGGCAGCAAACUGUCCAUGCUGGCCAACCGCUUCAAUGAGUCAAUCAGAGAACUGCGCUGUCCAGCGUGUAACCCUGACGGCAGAGAGCGCUGCCAGUCCUGCGCACACUAACACAUAUGGUGCUGCCAAGCCGUAUUGGGAAGAAUUCAAACCCUUUGACUGAAAGUGACUUUUGGAUCAGCGUGUAAAUACAAGAGCUUGAGGGCAGAAAUGCUUUUGAAAAUAAAUAUGCAAUGAUACUCUAGUGCAGUGAUCCCAAAGUGAAACUUUGUCUGCGUCCGAAACCGCAUACUUCCAUACUAUAUAGUACGCUACAAUCAGUAUGCGAGCCGAGUAGUAUGUCCGACUUCAUAGAAUUCGAAAAUCAGUAUGCGAGAAGUACCCGGAUGACUUACUACUUCCGUCGAGAUUCUGUUGUGCGCAUCCCGUGCAUGCUGCUUUAUCCCAUGAUGCCCCACGAGCGAAUUCAUGAAUGGGAGUGAAGCGACGCAAAUGACGCAGGUAGGUC